UUGGAUUUAUUUCCGAAUUUUUUUUAUUAAUACAAAUUCAACAAACAUUUUUUAUACAUAGAAUUUAUUUUCUACUGAGUGUACCUUAUAUUGCGAUGGGUAGUCAUCUUGACGCGAUGUAGAGGCUUAAGUGCGAUGAUUCGCGUUGGCCAUGCUGGAGGGGACAGUUUAACUUGAGUUGGCUGUCUCUGGCAGGGUCUCCCAUUCCAGAAGGGCACGCGUUGAGCAUGAUACUAAGAACUACCCUCCCUUUGUCUGAUAGCGUCUGUUCUCCUCUGGGGCGGCUAUCAGAUGUUAUUUCCAUCGAACCAUUUUCCCCUCAUUGAGAGGGGUGGUUAAGGUGGAUAGUCCGGCUGGUCCGUAAGGACUCUUUAAUGUCCGUCCGAAAUCCACCAGCGUCUGUUUCCCAUAUUGGGCGGCUGGUGGUCUGCGUCUGUUUCUCCAAUGGGGCGGCAGUUAUCUCAACACCUGGCAGCAGGUAUAAAAUGCAAGUAAUUGUCCAUCAGGACUCAAUGGAAGAGGAUAAGGCAUGCCCCAUGUACCCGGUCGGGGGCUUCAUAAUCUCCGGGGACCCUACUCCCACAGCGAUGGUUUCGGGCUGUGGUGAGUCGAAUGCUACUGCAACUCAGGCUAGUCAGGUGAUCACACCGGGCCAGACUAGUCUGCAUGCUACUGGUGUCGCAAGAGGUCAAUCUGGCAUACCCAGAUUGGCUGAUUGUAAAAAAUCCAAGGCAAUAGGUGGUAGUGACCUAAGCGGCGAGGUACCUCUGGACUUCUCUCCAAGUACCUCCAAAGCCGCGAAAGCCCAAGUCGUCAAGGCGGCUAAAUCCCCUGUUUCGGGUGCCUCUAAGGGGGAAGCGACUAAGUCGCCCCUCACGGAUGCUUCCCAUAUGCCAAUUGUGCGCUCAGGUCUUGUGAAGGAAUCCUCCUGUCCUGAAGACGCAUCACCCCUGGCCAAUCCCGGCUCUGAAACUAACCCCAGGCAUAAAAACCCUGCUAGAAGGGCUGCUACCACCAGGCGUUCCGCUUACCGCUUUGUUGAGGCACUUGGCUCGAAAAAAGUCGAGGACCUCACUAAGGAGCAACAAGCUUCGCUUUCCUGGGCGAAAGCCUAUAUUGCUGGUCUCAAGACCGCUCCUCCUUCUGCUGAAUUACCAGCGGGGCCUAAACGGCAACGUUCAGAGGAGGAUACAGCGACCAAGAGCCAGCAACCGGGACCUAAACGUCCCAAAGCGGCACAAAGGUCGUUAGCUAAAUCCUUUAGCGAGAUUGUCAAAGACAGUCUUGUUAGGGCGGUUAUCGACCGGAGUGCGAAUGACGGAUCCAUAUCUCAAUUGAAUUGGGAUAUGGUGAAGCAAAAACUGGUAGGGGUGUUUUGGAAAGUUCUCAAAGAGAACCCAGGCACUCCUCCACAAUGCGAUGACGCUGGUUGGUACCAGGGUCACGUAAAACUUAUGUCUUGUGUAGAUGAACGCUCAGCGUUGCUACUAAAGACUGCCGUCGCAUCACUGGGUGAGGUUUGGCCGGGGUCUAGGCUUGAGGUGGUAUCUGUGAGUGAGAUACCCCGAAAGCCUAGAUCCAUAGCUAAAAUACCAGCUGAGCCAUCUAGCCCGGAGGAGAUCUUGGAGAUCCUUCAGUGCUGUAACCCACAGCUUCCAACUCAAGACUGGAAAGUUGUUAAGGUUACGGACGCUGAGGGCUCUUCAAGGAAAGCGAUCGUUGUCCUGAAUAAGGACUCUUUGGGGCCGCUAAGGAAGGCACAAGGGAAGGUCUACUAUGGAUUUGGUACGAUCAUCCUGCGUGUCUACCGUAGCGACAACAAAGGCGAUACAUCCUCAGGUGAUGUAAAGCCCAUGCUCUCGGAAGAGGGCAUGGAUUGCAAUGACGCCACUGAUCCAGCCGACACUGAAGAUACCAACUCAGUCUCUGAACUAGUUGGUACAUUCUUUGAACGGAUGGAUGAGGUGGUGGACGAGGACGCCCUCCUGAAUUCUGACCAGGAGGACGCCGACGUCACUAUUGUAAAAAUGGAGCAUGGUGAGGGUGACCCAGAUAAACCUUCACCACUCUAAAGCAGCAUCAGCUGCACUGCUCCUCCGAAUUGCUCAGAACGGGGAGGAGCUAGUCAUGGUCCAGGAACCUUGGGUCCAUCAGGACCGUAUCUGUGGACUAUGUUUGAAGGGCUAUAAGCUCUACUUCGCUAAAGGCGCAGUAAUGAAGAUACAGUAGCAGUCUCAUGGGAAACUAAUGAAGGCUGUUUGUUAUGGCUGAUAUCCAGCUACAUGGCGCAUGACCACGGGGAGCAUCCACCAAACGAUGAUAUCCGUAGUGCUGUGAAAAAGGCGAAUGAGUCCAGGAUACCAUUGGUUAUCUGUGCUGACGCUAACUCGCACCACAUUGUAUGGGGUAGCAGCGACACCAACACAAGAGGUGAGAGUCUUUUCAGUUUCAUACUUAAUAGUAGUUUGGAAGUAGUUAAUAGAGGUUCAGAACCUACCUUCAUUGUUUCAAACAGAAGUGAGGUACUAGACUUAACACUUGUGAGUGCUGAGCACCACAGUAUGAUUAACAAUUGGGCUGUCUCCGACGACUGCUCUUUUUCUGAUCAUCUAUAUAUUGAUUUCAAUAUCAGUGUAACUUAUAGGAAUGAUAAUACCAUUCUAAAUAGGAGGAAGACCAAUUGGGAGUUGCAGAGUGAUGUACUCUCCCGGUCUCUACCAAACCCGCCCACUAUUGAAAAUAGGGACGAUAUUGAGGUAGCAGUUGAGGCACUUACAGAAGCGUUCCAAUCAGCUACUAAUUUGGCCUGUAAGCCGAAUAUCUGCAGGGGUAGGAAUAAGCCACCCUGGUGGAACCCUGAGAUUGCACACGCAAGAAGGGCGUGUCGUAAAUUGUUCAACGAGGCAAAGAGGCUGGGUAACUGGCCGGAAUAUAAGUCCUCAGUGAACCACUUUAAGAACCUUACGAGGAAUGCGAAAAGGAAAGCCUGGAGGGACUUCUGUAGCGGCGUGGAAGGAUCCUCUGAGACUAACCGAUUACGUAAAAUUCUAUCAACUUCACCGGUUGUACCGAGCUAUAUCCAGAAACCCUGUGGUAGAUGGACUCUGAAUAGUAGGGAAACACUUGAGGUCCUAUUAGAUACUCAUUUUCCAGGUUGCCUUCCAGUCGAUGAUGAGACUAUGAAUGGGGCUGCCGAUUCUGUUGCUCCGGGUGAUAACUCUGUUCCGAUAAACAGGGAUAGAAUCCAAUGGGCAAUCAAAAGCUUCGACCCGUUUAAAUCUCCUGGGCCGGAUGGCAUUAUUCCUGCUGAUCUUCAAAAGAACGAAGAAAUAGUUGUACCAUGGCUCAUUAGCAUAUACACAGCGUGUAUUAGAUGGACCUAUAUCCCCACAUGGUGGACGAGAUGCAGAGUAGUCUUCAUUCCUAAAGGUGGUAAGGCGACUCACACUAAACCAAAGGAUUAUAGGCCAAUUAGCCUUGCAUCCUUCCUGCUGAA